UCUUUCAUAAGCAACGUAUGCAUCUUACAAAAAUUUGGGACGAAUGUAGUUCAAAUAUUUUGAUACCCAUAAAAGUUACAAAAAACUGUAUUUCCGGAGGAAAAAUGGCGAAAUCGGCAAUUAUUCUGUUGGCGUUAAUUUCUUCAGCAUUCGCUAGUUUUCUGGAGGUAGAUUACCCGAAUGUGAACGUAUCAGCAGAAAGAAAUGGUGAUGCUAUCUUUGAGGCUGGGGCUGGCGGAAGUGUAUUUUUGAAGCCAGGUGCCGGUGGAACAGUGUACAUAAAUAAAACUGACCUUAAAAAAUUCAUUGAGAAGGUGAAAAGUUUGCCUCCGAUCUGGACAAAACGUUCACAACAUGGAACGCUGGGAACUUUCAUGUCCGGACAGUAUGUGCAAGUUAGCGUCGAGGCUAUUGAUCCAGACGGAAGUGGUAUUACCUAUAGUUUGAUUUCCGGUCAUCUACCUCCUGGCACUGUACUCAAUAUGACAAGUGGAAAAAUCAGCGGCCGGGCUCCAGAUAUUGACGCGGAGUACUCGUUUGGUAUCCGGGCAACAGACAAUCAUGGAAAAUACGCUGAUGGUGUCUUCAGUAUUGAUAUCAGGGAAAAAGACCAAUGCAGCAGCAGUCCGUGUAUGAACGGUGGUACCUGUCAGGAUGAAUUAGGCAACUUUAACUGUUCUUGUCCCCUCGGUUACGGCGGUAACAGGUGUCAAACAGUAUGUGACAUCAGUGCACUGGGUGUUUCCAACAGUUUGAAGACAAUACCCGACGCCCAAAUGUCAGGCCAUCUCACAUUUGGAACUCAUCAACCCUGGGACGGUAGACUUGGGUCGACCACCGGCUGGGUUGGUAACGACAGUGAUUCCUGGCUCCAGAUUGAUUUGGGAGAGACACGUGAUGUGUAUGCAGUGGCCACACAAGGGUAUCAUUCAUCAAGUUAUUAUAUCUCCUCGUUUAAGGUCACGUACAGUGUGGAUGGGAAUACAUUCGUAUACGCCCAGUCCAAGGGUUCUGAGACGUUACAAGGCAGUUCCAACUACGACAUGAUCCAGAAAGACAUGUUCGACUCACCGAUAAAGGCCCGUUUUCUAAGAUUCAAUCCUGUGACAUGGCAUAGCGGAGGCCACCCAGGUCUGCGAGUAGAAGUGUACGGCUGUUAGGAAUAAUUCCAGUGUCUUAUUGCUGAUGACUAGACACGUUUAAAUCAAAAAAAAAAUACCCUUAGUUUUCUGUAAACUGAAUAUUAAUUAUCUUUCUUUGAGAUAAUGUUUUUUUUUACAUUUAAUAGUAAAGUAGAUGUUUUGGCUUAACAGGAUGUUGUUAACUUUGGUGAAACCAUUGUUCCAGUUCACGUUUUAAACUAAACGUUUUAUAAUAAAGUACUGUACAGUGUUUAAACCUGAAUAAAAUUAUGCUGCUUUGAA